GAGGGGGUCUUUCUGUGCCUCCGCGCUGAUGGGCUCAGCUUUAUCCAGGGCUGUAAUCCCCCCUGCUCCGGUAAUUAAAAACUCCGCAUUACAAGGAAAACGGUGUGCAGGGAAAUGUAAUCAAGUCUGGAGGGGCUUAACCAUCUGGUAAAGGUUAGGACCAGCGCGGCGGGGGACGUGGCCGGGGGAUUUGGCAGCCGCCGCGAUCCGGGCUCCUCUUAAUCUACCGCGGGGACGAGCGCAGCAUCUGCGGGGUUAUACCGGUGCCCUCGGCAGCGAUCGGUCUCACGGGAGCUUCCACCGCCGUUAACGGGACCUCCCCGGAGCGAGCCCCCUCCCCAGGUGCGUCCGUCUCCGGUAGACCUAUUCUGGCUAUUCUGGUGUGGCACCGCGGCCCGGAUUGCAUCCCCUCCCCGCGCCCAGCAGGCCAGCAGGGAAAGGGUUAAGUGGCCGCCGGUGGCCGCGGCUCGGCCCCCCUGCUCCAGGCAGGGCCCCCACUCCGCCGCCCCCGGGGGCCCGAAACUCCUUGGAAGUGCGAGGGGCGAGCGAAGGCGAGGGGGGGACGCGGGGGCGCGGGUGGGACCCCGCGCCCCCGACAGCGCUGCGGGGCCAUGGGUGCCUGGGCAGGCUCCGGGCGGGGGCAGCUUUUCCUCCGCUGCCUCCUGUUCCUCCUGCUGGCCGGGCCCCCGGCACCGCGCCCGGCGGGUGGGCAGCUGCGCUACACCGUGCCGGAGGAGCUGGAGCACGGAGCCUUCGUGGCCAACCUGGGUGAGGACCUGGGGCUGGACGUGUCCACCCUGUCAGCGCGGCGGUUCCGCAUCGUGUCACGGGCCGGGGCCAGGCAGCACCUGGAGGUGAACCUGGAGAACGGGAUCCUCUUUGUGAACGAGAGGAUUGACCGGGAGGAGGUGUGCGAGGCCGGGGGGACCUGCCUGCUCCACCUGCAGCUCCUCGUCGAAAGCCCUCUGGAGCUGUACCGCAUCGAGGUGGAAGUGCUGGACAUCAAUGACCAUGCGCCCACCUUCCCCUGGCAAGAGUAUGUGCUGGAGGUGGCUGAAUCCGCUGUACUUGGUGCCCGCUUCCCACUGGAGAGUGCCCAGGAUCCUGAUGUGGGUACCAAUUCGGUGCACACCUAUCGGCUCAGCCCCAACAGUUUCUUUUCGCUUGAGGUGCAGACACGCAGUGAUGCCAGCAAGUUUGCAGAGCUGGUGCUGGAGCGUGCCCUUGACCGCGAGCAGCAACCCGCGCACCGGGUGCUGCUCACUGCUCUCGAUGGCGGUGUCCCCGAGCGCUCAGGCACAGCUCAUAUCCUCGUCAUGGUGCUGGAUGCAAAUGACAAUGUGCCUGCCUUUGACCAGCCCUCCUAUAGUGUGAGUCUUCCUGAAGAUGCCCCUGCUGGAACCCUGGUCAUCCAGCUCAAUGCCACUGACCUGGAUGAGGGCCCCAACGGGGAGAUCGAGUACUCCUUCAGUGGGCAUGCACCCCCGCGCGUCCGGGAGCUCUUCCACAUAGAGCCCCAGAGUGGGCAGGUGCUGCUGAAGGGCCCUCUGGACUAUGAGCGGGCAAGCCUCCACGAGCUCUACGUGCAAGCCAAGGACCGUGGACCCUCAGCUGUGGCCGUGCACUGCCGGGUACUUGUGCACCUCCUUGAUGUGAAUGACAAUGCACCAGAGGUGACCCUCACCUCUGUGUCCACACCCGUGCUAGAGGAUGCCCCACCAGGCACUGUCAUUGCUGUCAUCAGCGUUCUGGACCGGGACUCUGGGGACAAUGGGCGUGUGAGCUGUGAGGUCAGCCCUGAUGUACCAUUUGAGCUCCGUUCUUCCUUCCGCAACUACUACACGCUGGUCACCACACAGGCACUGGAUAGGGAGGUUGUGCCUGAGUAUAAUGUAAGCAUCACAGCACGGGACAUGGGCUCUCCAGCGCUGCUGACACGCAGCACCCUCACCGUCCCAGUGUCCGAUGUGAACGACAAUGCCCCACGCUUCCUCCAGCCUUCCUACAGCGUCUACGUGAUGGAGAACAAUGCACCAGGUGCCUCCAUCUGCUCUGUCAGUGCACUGGACCCUGACUGCCAACAAAACGCCUAUCUGUCCUACUCCAUUGCUGAUGAGCACAUCCAUGGCAUGCCUGUGGGCACCUAUGUGUCCAUCAACUCAGACAGUGGGCACAUGUAUGCCCUGCGCUCCCUCGAUUACGAGCAGAUCCGCAGCUUCCAGAUCCAGGUGCAAGCACAGGAUGCGGGUUUCCCCCCACUCAGUGCCAAUGUCACCGUCCACAUCUUUGUGCUGGACCAGAAUGACAAUGCUCCAGUCAUCAUUUCCCCUAUGCCACGCAAUGGUUCCGUGGCCACCGAGCUGGUGCCGCGAUCAGCCAGGCCUGGCUACCUUGUGGGCACGGUGUCCGCAGUGGAUGCAGAUGCGGGGCUGAACUCCCGCCUCUCCUACCAGCUCCUUCAGGCCACUGACUUCACCCUCUUCAGUGUGGCACCAGACACUGGCGAGCUGCGCACCCUCCGCUCUUUUCUGGAACAGGAUGCAACCCAGCAGCGGCUGGUGGUGCAAGUGCGGGAUGGUGGGCAGCCAGCUCUCUCUGCCACCGUGUCCCUCCUGCUUUCUGUGGUGGAGACCAUGCCUCAGACUCUCUCCGACUUCAGCGAGUUCAGCCUCCCCCCUGAGGCCUCCUCAUCCUCCCCAGUCACUCUCUACCUCCUUGUCUCCCUGGGCUCCAUCUCUUUCACCUUCCUCCUUGCCAUCCUCAUCCUCACAGCCAUUCGGUGCCGCAGAGAGCAGCACUCCUGCCAAGGUGACAGCUGCUCACUGUCCCGCUGCCACUGCUGCCCCAGGUCCAGAUCCUCCUCUGAUGGCCUGAAGACAUCCAACCUGAUGGUGCAGCCCCCUGCAGGGACCACAGCUGCCACCUGCCUUGAUGUGCCUGGGACUGGCCCCCCAGGCUACUGCUACAAGGUCUGCCUUGGUCCUGAGUCUGCCCAGAGUGACUUCAUGUUCCUCAAACCCUGCAGCCCCCCACGGAACAACGAGAAGGACCCCAGUAAGCGGUCCCAGCUGGGCCACCAGCUUCAGGUCUCCAAGCAGAUCAAGCAGCCCAACACGGACUGGCUGCCUCCAAGCACACAGCAACCUGCCCUGAAGAGCUCCCAGAGCCUGGAGGACAUGGGGGAAAUCCGCAGAGCCCUCCAGAAGGAGCAUGAGAGGCUGUGCACACUGGUGACCCCUGUCUCUGAGUUUCAGAAGGCUUCAACAGGCACCAACAGCAUCUGGACACCCCAGUACAGCCCCUUGUACCCAGGGCACAUCGAAGCCCUGGAUUAUCAGCACAAUGUCUAUAUCCCUGGCACGCCCACCCUACUCUCCAGUAAAGACGGGCCCCUCUUCCUGAGCCGGGAGAACAAGAACAGCUUCUCCACCUUUGGCAAGAGGAAGAAGAUGACAACUUACAGUGACAUGCAUGACAGUGUGGUUAUCAACAAUGACCUGAAAUAGUGACCAGCACUGGGCCUGGGUGGCUCUGCCCAAAGCCCUGGGAAUCAUUCGCAUUAUUUCAGCUGCUAGGUCCACCCACAGCACACUCCAUGUAUGGAUCACUCCGGACUUUGUGGGGCUGCUGGGAUAGUGGCUCACCAGAGUGUGGGGAAAGGAUUUAAGGACAAAAGACUGAAAAGUGAUGGGGGGGGGGGGGGGGGGGGGGGGGGGCAGGAGGGCAUUACUCCCAUCUCAUUCUGCAGAGCUAUGUUGGCAGUAAGUGCUAUGGGGAGUCAUAUAACCAGAUUUAAGCAAAUAUGCCUUGAGUUUACCUAUUCCCAUGUCCCCUUAGGGGUUGUCCAUCUCUGUAAACAUUGUCACUUCUUUGUCUUGUUUGGCUGUGUGAAUGUAUUGAGCUGCAUGUCUGUAUUUCUGUCCCAAUAGGCAUGGAAAAUGUAUGCAGACCAAGCCUGGUUCAGUCAAGCCUGACCUUAUGUACUGGGACAGAGACCGUUUCUCUGUCCCUGAGAUCCAGUGGGAUGUGUUGCAUGACCAGAGCAGCCAUUGGUGUCUGUCUUCUCCAGGAAAUGAGUGCAAACCCCAGCCAUUUUGGGUGCUGCCCUUCAAACCAUGACCCAACACUUGCAGGGCUGGAGACCCAAAGCCUAGAAUACAGGACCAGUCUUUGCUUCAGGAACAGCAUGGGCUGGAGGACACACAGGUUGGAUGGCCAGAAGAGCUGAAAGCUUAAGCAGCUGAGAGAUGAACAAGGUGAGGCCCUGCUGGAUAACUCUCUUAGUUCAAGGCAACAUCAUCUGAACAAAAGACAGUUUCAAGCCAUUGGAGAGGGCCCCAGUGCAGGUGACAGUCCUCCUCCUUCCUCCCCCUGCCCUCACCUGGAUCUCUGUUUUCCCCAAGUCCUGAACACCUGGGGAACCCCUGCACUGAGGGACACACCUGCACAGGACAGAUACCUCCUGCUGUGCCCUGCUUCUCUUUGAGGACUUUUAGCUGGCUGUCAAGAGCCCUCCAGGGCAGAACUCCAGCCCCAGAACAGUCUCUCCCCUACCCUGCCCAGCCUACACCUGUCCACCCAGUCUGUUUGCCACCAUUGCCAAUUGCUCCUGUCAUGGGACAGUUCAUUUCCAAUCCAUCUGUGCAGAACAUGACAGCUUUUUCUAAACCAGGUUUGUUUCAUGAUGUCUGAUUUGUACCAAUAAAUUGUAUUUUAAUAGCUCA